AUGUUUUUUUUGUUUAAGGUGUUACCAGAUAAGUCGUGUGAUAUAGAUAUAGAGAAAACAUUGGGAACUCUGCUCAAUCCUCAAGAUAAUCCUUCCAUACAAGUUAGAGCCUUGCAAAUUGAACUACUGAAAAAACUAGAGGAAGCGGCAGAAAAACAGGAGGAAGAUGAAAACAAAAGAGCUCUCGUUGCAUUAGCCAAGUAUAAUGAUUUACCGGAACAUAAGCGGAAUUUAGAAGCUCUUGCAAGAGCAGGAUAUAUAAAAACAUUACCAGAUGAAGAAGAUGCGGAUGCUAACUACAAAAGAAGUAUUGCAAAUCUGGCAAAAAAUGGGCAGCUGCCAACUCGGAAAGAAGAUCAAAAGCGUG